ACCAUGUCAAGGAAAAUGUAUAAUGAUUGGCUCUCUUCCCGUAACACUCCCACUACCAAAUAAUACGAAUCUGCAUGGUUCUUCGUCACGCCCCUUCUUAACUAUUAGCAACACAUGUACUGAAUCUAGGAUUAUGUCAAAUCCUCUUCAUUCUGUACAAUCAAACAUACGCUUAAUGCACACAAAUACGGAUAAAAACCCGUUGCCUGGUUUUAGUCCUAGUUCUGCAAGUCAUAAUAGUAUGUCCCCUGCUGAGAGAUCUCGAUCAUCAAACAUUACAAGAUAUCAAGAGAAAUCAUCUUUCCCUAAUCAUUUAGGGAAGAACAGUGAGGUUGGUUAUGUCGAGAGGCGUUCUGCUCAAAGAAAUUUGAAUAAUGCCCUGGCUGGUUACAAGGUAGAUCCACCAGAUAUUAAACCUUUUGACAUCUGUGUUCAUAGAAGGCGUAAUUCUGGUUUGAAUAGUUCUUUGCAUUCAAACAAGGGAAGGUGCACUGAGAUGCAGGAGGGAUUAGCAGAGAAGAUGAUACUGAAGCCUGGGAUGGUUCUGUUGAAACAUUACUUAUCCCCCAAGAAUCAGGUCGAAUUAGUUAGGACUUGUCGUAAGCUUGGCCGGAGACCCAGGGGAUUCUACCAGCCAGGUUACAAGGAUGGGGCAAAACUCCGAUUGCAAAUGAUGUGUCUUGGUCUGGACUGGGAUCCUCAGACCAGAAAAUAUGGAAAUAAACGAUUGAUUGACGGUUAUGAACCCCCAAAUAUUCCUAACAUGUUCCAGGGCUUGGCCAGUAUGGCAAUUAAAGAGGCACAGAAUCUCUGCAAGAAGAAAUUCAGCGUAACCAAUGUGGAAGAUAUACUCCCUUCAAUGUCUCCAGACAUAUGCAUAGUCAAUUUUUAUUCUGCCCAUGGAAGGCUUGGUCUUCAUCAGGAUCGUGAUGAAAGUAGAGAGUCUCUGCGUAGAGGAUUGCCUGUUGUGUCCUUUUCCGUGGGAGAUUCUGCAGAAUUUCUAUAUGGGGAUGAGAGGGACGUGGAGAAGGCAGAGAAGGUUCUUUUAGAAUCAGGAGAUGUAUUGAUAUUUGGUGGUGAAUCUCGACUUGUGUUUCAUGGUGUUUCGUGUAUCAUUCCAAAUUCAGCUCCAAGGGAAUUGUUGGAAGCUACAGGGCUUCGUCCUGGUCGCCUAAAUCUUACGUUCAGACAAUUCUAAAGCCUUAAUCGCACAGUUGUACAUAUAAGUUGUUUACAGUUGUUUAAUAUGUCAUUAACUUAGCCCUGUAGUCAGUCCCUAGGAGACUUCUGGUCGAGUAGUUCUUACAGUUUGAAGCUGUGGUUAACAUUCUUGUCAUUUUUUGUGUUGUGUUGAUUAAUAUAGAUCUCCAAUAAUUGUAGUUCUA